CUGAGGUCUGUAACAACAGAUGGGGUAUUCCUCCUCAGACGCCCCUCUAAAGCCCCGAUUGUUCCCGAUGUGUGCACAGAGAAGCUCGAACCGGUCCGAGUUGGAGUAAGCGAGAGCUGGAUCGGAGCAUUACAUCGCGGAUCGUAGAUUUGUUCAGUCUUGGCUGGACACGUAGAUCCAUAGAUACAAUUAAAAACUCUCCAAAAUCUGAUCUGAGAAAAGUGCGUCGUGACAUCGGACAUCUGGGGAGCAGAGAUCAGCGCGCGUGGUGAGAGGGAGUUCUUCCAUGCAGUCGUGACUGGGACAUAAUGGAUGACAGGAAUGAUGGAGUGCGAGUUGGAGAGAACAAAUUUAUCAGCAAGAGAAGUGUUCUCUCUCAUUUAAAGACCUACAAUCUGUACUAUGAUGGAAAGACCCUGCAGCUACGACACAGAGAAGAAGAAGGGGAGUUGGUCAUAGAAGGACUCCUCAAUAUCUCGUGGGGUUUGCGUCGACCAAUCAGACUUCAGAUGCAGGAUGAUCAUGAGCGAAUCAGGCCACCUCCCUCCUCUACCUCCUGGCACUCGGGCUGCAACCUAGACAACCAGAGCCAGGAGGGUCAGACACAGGCUCCACCUCAGAUGGAGGUCACGCCCCCAGAGGACCAAUCAAACAACGGCACAACACAAGAACAUGAAGAAGAAGAGGAAGAAGAUGGAUGUGACAUCUCUUCUCAGCUUCUUAGAACAAAAAGUGAUGCUGGUGUACUGAGACGGCACACAAGGCGGUCUCUUAGCGACCAACGACGAAUCAGAAGGCACAGAUUUUCCAUCAAUGGUCACUUCUACAAUCACAAGACAGCUGUUUUUACGCCUGCAUAUGGAUCUGUAACGAACGUCAGGAUUAACAGCUGUAUGACCACGCCACAGGUGUUGCGAGUCUUACUGAACAAGUUUAAGAUUGAGAACAGCCCAGAUGACUUCGCCCUCUACCUCGUUCAUACCAGCGGAGAGCGUGUUCAGUUGAAGCGUACAGACUACCCGCUAGUGGUAAGAAUACUUCAGGGACCAUGUGAGCAGGUCUGCAAGAUAUUUCUCAUGGAGCAAGACCUGGGAGAGGAAAUCCCAUAUGAAGUGGCACAAUACAUCAAAUUUGAGAUGCCCGUUCUGCAGAGCUUCAUCACAAAACUGAAGGAAGAGGAGGAGAGGGAGGUGCAGAAGUUGAGAAGCAGAUACAAGUACCUGCGAUGUAUUAUUGAGAAACAGCUGCAGUGUUUGCCAGAGGGUUCCACCUGUAUGUGAAGAGCACGUCACAUCUCCACAUCUUUCAGCACUCAAUCUCUGUAUCUCAGAGCACAUGUACCCUCUUCACGUUAAUGAAAGGGCUUCUAGAGAGAAUUUCUUUAGCAUUUUCCAUCCUAAAUGAUAACAAGUCUAAACCACUAAUAUGCAUUGAUAUUUGCUCAGAUUAUGACAUUUUGCUGACCAAUGAAAAUGGAUGGUACAGCUUGUAAUAUAAAAUUUUUUAAAAUAUUUGUUCCCUAUAUUCUUUGCAUGAUUUGGUGCUAUAGCGAAUCACAUACAGGUACAAUAAAAUAAAAGCACAUUUCACAAAACCAGGGUAUUUCUAUAUCCAGUUAUGACUGUAAAUGGAAAUUAUAAUGACAAGCACAAAGUAACUGUGACAAGUGAUUUCUAGUAUAUUUGGUUUGUUAAGCCCAUUUUUUAGAAAAUCUCUAUGGAGGCAUUAUAGAUCAAUCACUUUAUUAUGUUGGAUGUAUUCAGAAGAUUCAGUGGUCUGAGCCAAACUGUUGUACCACUAAAGCUGCCUAAACAGAAAAACAUUGUAUAAAUGUGGCAUUUACUGCAUAUAGCAAAUGAGCGGAUUGCAACACUUUGAAUCUUUCUGAAGUGUCUGUUUUAUAAAUAGAUGGACGUAAAAGACUGUGAAUUUAAAGGAAGAUUGAGCAUAGUAUGAUCAACAAAGAGGAUGUAGACCAUGAACAUUGUUUGAACGUGAAUGCUGUUGGGAUGUUUGUGUUGAGGUAGUGUGAUUAGUAUGUACGUUUGGGUACCUGAAUAGGACAGCACACUUGUAGUUGCUAAAAAAAGGGGGUUCAUUUUUUAUUUUGACAUGUAUUAUUUACACCUACAGUGUGACUGGUCUCUGUGUUGUCAUACUUCAUGUGUUAAAAUACUUAUGAAGUUUGAUAUCUGGCAUGCCUGUAGUCUAUUUUAUAAUGAUACUGAUUGUAAAGUGAGAAUAUGAUGACAAUUAUAUUUAAAUAAAAUGUUAUCAUCA